AUGGACGCCAUGUACAGGAUCGGGGACCCAUUCAAGGGACGCACUGCUGCGCCCCAUAGGAUCAAGCAAUGGGCGCUGGCACACGCAGCUCACAGGCCUGAGUACAAGGCUUUGCUCCUGCAGCAAGGAGAGGAGUACUUAGAUGCUCUCCCGAAAAACGAGCGCACCAAGCAGCCUGGUUACAAGCAGUACACCAAGCGCAUGCGCUCACUCAGGUUCUACACUAGUGUCCACAUGCUGGAGACAGCAGGAUAUUGCCUGCCCAAGGAGCAGCAGAGGCUGUGGGACGAGCGGCGUGGGAUUGCUAAGGAAUUUGAGGAAGUUGAGGACUCAGAAGGCAGCGUGGAGGAAGUGGAGGAAGUGCUGCCUGACGCAAGCGUCCCCAAGGUCCAAGUCAAUCCUGACGGAUGGGAGGCAUUUUAUGGGCGCCUGAAGUGUUCAAACAACCAUGGGUACCUGGUGUACAAGACAGUGUGCAGCUGCGGCAAAGUAAAGAUCUCUGAUGGUGGUCCCCACACAGUCAAGAAGUGGUGGGAAGAACAUGGAGGCCACAGGCCCGAAUACGCAGACUUGGAGCCGCGGCCUGAGGAGAGAUAUCCAAACACGCUCACACUAGGCGAGCGGAUCGGCCAUCAAGGCUACAAGGAUUACCGAGAGCGGCUGCAGAGAUUGGGGUUCUACACCUCUGUGCAAAUGCUGGAGACAGCCGGGUUCUGCCUGCCACCAGAGGCGCAGAAGAUGUGGGACGACCUUCGCAAGGGAGAGGCAAAGGCGCCGCGGCAGAGGAAGAGCGCAGAUGGCCCAAGGCAGAAGAGGAAGCGGGGCCGGCAAGCAUCUUCUGAAGACAGCAGCCAGCAGGAGCAGUCAGCGUUGGUGGAGGCUGCUGAGGGCGGCGUUGAGGCAGGAUCAGCAGCUGUAAAGCCUGAGCCGCGUGAGGCGACGCCGUCACCGGACACGCCAGCGCAGGUUGACAAGAGCAAGCAGCGGGCGCCGACACCGCAGAUACCCACGGAUUCCGAGGAGGCGGGGCCGAGCGCGCCGCCUGAUCUGGACGCGCGCGCCCGUCCCAGUGGUCCACCCCGGGCGGCUGCCCGAUUCACCCGUGCCCCCGGGCAGGCCAUGCGCAGGGAUGAUAUUGAGGUUGUGGACCUGUCAGAUGACAGCCCAAAAGCCUCCAGCAGCACGCAGCGGCCUGCAGAGCUUGCAGCUGGGCUGCAGACUGCAGUGCCUGGUCAGGGCCGUGCAGGGCAUGCAUUGGCAGAAGGCCAUGUCCCCGUAAGCAGCCGGGCUGCGAGGCAGGAGCCACCUGCAGGUGCCGCCAACGCUGCGCUUCCCCCGCCUCUUGGGCAUUUCGUGCUCAGCGUGCCGUCCAGCGAGCGCAUCGGCGCGUUCACCCUCGAAGAUGUCAUCGCUGACAUCACCAGGCUCAAGGAACUUAAGCCCCAGAUUGCUGCGGCUGGAAUCGGCUUGGACUUUGACAAGAUCCUGCAGUGCCUGCAUGCUGCAAGGGUCAGAGAGGCAAGGAAUGAGAGGCUCCUAACAUUGAAGGACGAAGAGAACAAGUCCCUACGAAGCCAGCUGGAAGUCGUGCAAUCCUGA